AUGGGUCUCGCUGCGCCAAAGAACCGAACCAAAAUCUCCAAUGACCCGCAAAACACGACAUGGGCGAACAACACCUCGCGCUUCGGUCAUCGCAUGUUGACUUCGCAGGGAUGGCAACCUGGUAGCUCUUUGGGCGCAAAAGAUGCGUCCCACGCCGCUCACUACACCGCCGCCUCCCAAUCGCACAUUCGUGUCUUUCUCAAAGACGACAAUCUAGGCCUGGGCGCAAAGCGAGGAAGUGAGCGGCCGGAAAACUUUGGUCUUGCAGGGCUAGAAAGUAUUCUGGGGCGAUUGAACGGCAACGAGGCCGAAGUCAAGAAGGAAGAGGAGAGGCGCGAGGAGAUUGAGAAGAGGGCAUUCGUGUACCGGAAGUACGGCAUGAUGAACUUUGUCAGUGGCGGCUUCCUAGUCGGCGAUAAGAUCACAAAGAAGUCGGAUAUCAAGAAGGAAAUUGAGGUCAAGACAGAGACGGAAAUCAAAUCUGAGCCUCAGAGCGACAACGAAACGGCAAGCAGCAAGGACAAGAAGAGAAAGCGAGAGGAGCACACCGAGGAGGAGCCAACGUUGAAGCGCAAGAAGAAGAGCACAGAUGUGCGCGAUGAUGGGAAGACAGAGAGCGACUCGUCGAAGUCGAAGAAGCACAAGAAGGAAAAGUCGAAAAAGUCGAAGCGGGCAUCUUCGUCUGAUGUGGAGGCCUCGGCCGAACCGCUCACAGACAAGGCACGACGGAAAGCAGAGAAGAAGGCACGCAAGGAGGAGAAGAAAGCCAAAAAGGCGCUUAAAAAGGCGGCGAAGAAGGCAGCCAAGAAGGACAGUUCCGACGACUCGAGCUCUGAGAGCGAGACGGAAGAGAGUACGCCAAGUUCUUCGGUGCCUGUGUCGGGCGCGUCCACACCUGCGCCUGCGGGAUUAACAUACAACCCACGAGGCAUGCAUGCUGUGCGACAGAGGUGGAUCCGCCAGAAAAAGGCAGCAACUAUGGAUGCACAGGCGAUGAAAGAGAUUUUCAUGAUCAAAUCCCAGUCGUAA